AUGGAGAACGAUAUUUCUGAGCUAGUUGAGAGGUUAGGGAGCGACGAAGAUGCGGUACGAAAAAUGGCAGUCUUCAAACUUCAAAGUAGCAUUGGUGACCCAUCGUUUGCCGAUAUCUUUAUUGCAGAAGGCGGCCUAACUCGACUGCGCUAUUUGAGCUUACAUGCCAGUGGAAACACACUGGCCUAUAGCCUUACAAGCCUUGCCAGACUAUUAGAGGUGGACAAAGGAUGGGAGUUCGUCGAUCAGGAAGUGGUUGAAAGAAUUGUCGAACUUAUAGUAACGCAUCCUUUGGUCAACAUUUUACGUGGUGCAAUGUCUAUCCUGGUUUCCAUUGUAUCGCACCCUCAUACAGGUGGUCGCUUGUCGCAGAAUGGGACUUUUGGUUUUCGUGCUUUGAAACCCGCGAUCGCUAUCUAUCCGCAGUUUUUGGAAAUGCUUGUUAGCAGGCUCUCAUCGGCUGAUCAUGCGCUUUGCGCCAAUGCGCUUCAACUUAUAAAUUCUCUUAUGCGCGACUCAAUCACGAACGAUUCUGAAUUAGAAUGGCCCAAGUUCAUCCAAAAACUACAGGAUCUGGGUGUGAUUCGAGCAGUUUAUGCCCUGAUGCAAAGUAGCGCAUUACAGGAUCAUGCGCAUCCUUUGAUUGAAUUCCAAUCCUUAACCAAGGUUCUUCUAAGGAAAUGGAGAGACAUCGCACUAGAUUUGGAAAAGCCAGAACAUAGACGAGCACUUAAAGGUAUACACUUGGCCAGUAACAGUGAACGGGAACUAGAGAAGGGGGGCGAGAGUGGCAAUGAGGCGCGACGUUCAAAAAGGCACAAUCCAGAAAAAUGGCGCCGACUGGGGUUCGAGUCGGAGAGCCCUAUCGUGCAAUUUGAAGCCAUGGGUUUCCUGGGAAUGAUGGAUCUGGCAGAUUAUAUCAGAAACUACCAAGAUGAAUUCCAGAAAUUGCUUUUAGAGCAGUCAACGAAGCCGGCGCAAAAGCGGUGUCCCAUAGCGCGUGCUUCUUUGUCUGUCACACAGAUCCUCUACGAGCAUUUUGAAGUUGAUAAGUCGGAGAUGGAGGAUGCGAAAAGCUACCUGAUAUUAGAGUCUCGCGCUAACCUUGACAAAAUAUUUAAACCCUUGCUGUUACAUUGGACCCGCCUACAUGUCGCAGGUCUACAUGCCUUUUUCCGACUAUGGAAGGUCACUGGCGCGGAAGUGGAAGAUUACGAGAAAAUCGUGGAACUUGUCCGUAUCCUUGUCGAAUCAGUUGUUGGGGGAGCACCACGAACAAGAGAUGUACAAGAUGUGGAGGACGACCUGGCAGAAUUCGAAUAUUCUCGGCUUCGCGAACUACAGAUGGAACUCCUGGAGCUUACAUACGAGGAUGUUUGGGGGCAGCAUUUGCGACAAGUACGCGAAGAGCUACACCAUGAAGCCUUGCAGUUUGUCAAGGAACAGAGAAUUAGAUGUCUGCUACAAGGUGCUUGGUUUCCUAAUGACGGCAGUCCCACGGCCGACAUGGUGGCUUCGGGGGAUCCCAGCUGGAAAUUUGUCCAGCUCUCACAUAACCGAAGGAUUUUACAUUUUGGACAUUUCGACAGCGUAAAAACAAAGUGCCCAGAGCUUGAUGCACUUCCAGAGAAGCUCGAUCUCUCAAUUGUAUCUUCGGUAGUUUCGAAUGUUUCAGCAACCUCCGAUGACUCCUCGUCGUCGACGGUCAAGAGCGUGUCGCAUCAUGUCUCUGCUACUAAGAUCACUAUCCAUGGCCAUCCUCAGUCUGGCUCGUCCACAGAUGACUCAAGAAAGACCGAAGGUCAUGCACGCUCUACCAGUAAAGCAACUCACAGGGAAGCAGUUCUAUUGACUCUGCGGCCACAAUCACCAAGCAUCGCAUCUGAGUGGCUUGACGGGUUACUUAUGCUUCUAAACCAACAGCCUAUCACAGCAGAGACAAGCAAAUUGGUAAAUUUGGUCAGCGACUAUGGACUUAAGAUCCGUUUAUUGAAUGUUAGCAAACGUCAGCGGAGAUUGGCCAUCCAUCCGUCAGAUCAGGACGCUGAGCUUGGCACAGAGAAUAACCAGACGAGACCUACUCACACGCCUUCUAGAAGGGCCAAAGCUGAUCCUGUAACCCUUUCAACUAAAUCUUCACAACUCGAAACGAAACAUAUCCCGUCGGGCCCAAAUCGAGCUUACUCCAGUCUCCGAGUCUACCGCUCCUCUCCGCCCUCCGACAAGGAGACGCGCACGGCAUCCUCCCUCCAGAAAUUCUUUGAACCUGCAAGUAGCGAACAAAGAUGGUCCUCUCGGAGAUUCGAGGCGACGUGUCUUCCCACAAAGGAAGCAAUAAAAGGGGUGAAUGGUAGCGAAGACGACAACAACAACAAUGACGAUAUAAUAGAUGAUGAUUAUGAUUCCUACGAUGAGUUAUUUACUCAACAUCUCGCGAACGAAGAGGUAGCGCGAGAUAUCAGCAACGACCAAACGCCUUCACGGGUGCAGUCACCCAAAAGAAGCACAAGUGUUGCGCGUAAAUCUACGAACACACGCAAACGCUUCGUCCUGCCAAUGGUCUCUAAUCAAGAAAAUAACAGCUCACCAUCAAUCACCUCUCAGGCCCAUAAGCUGCCUUGGGCGCAGCAGUACUCCCCUACAAAUCUAGACGAGUUGGCGGUCCACAAGAGAAAGGUGUCAGAUGUGCAAAGUUGGCUUCGCAACGCCUUUGCUAGAACUGGAGAACGUAAACUACUUGUCCUUCGAGGUCCUGCGGGGAGCGGGAAAACGACCACAAUAAACAUACUGUCUCGGACGCUAGGGUUUGAUAUACUCGAGUGGAAGAACCCCCCAGUUUCAGAGUUCGCUACAAAAGCAUAUGUAUCGGUUGCUACUCAAUUUGAAGAUUUCCUAGGCCGCGGUGAUCAGUUUAGAAAGCUUGAUUUAGACGGGCCUACUGACCUUCCACAAGACUCUGAUCUCUAUGCUCAGCAGCGUGUCAUUUUGGUUGAAGAGUUUCCAACUCUCUUGCAUCGAGGCUCUUCUGGUUUGGCUGCAUUCAGGCUAUCUUUGCAGCGGUAUCUUGCUAUGGAAGCUACAUUACCCUCUUAUGGACUUAAUCGGAAUGGGAUCAAUGCCCAGGCCAGCUCUCCUGUUGUGAUAAUCGUUUCAGAAACUCAUCUCACAUCAGGUUUCUCGUCAGAAAGUUUAACAGUCCACCGGCUACUCGGACCGGAACUUUUCAACCACCCCGGUACAACCAUCGUUGAUUUCAAUAGUAUUGCCCCAAGUUUCAUGUACAAAGCCCUGAAAUUGAUCUUGGAAAAGGAAGCCCGCCAUUCCAAGCGCAAUAAGGAUCCAGGCCCUGCCAUAUUGCAAAGCAUCUCUAGAUCAGGGGAUAUUCGAAGUGCAGUUGCCUCCCUAGAAUUUCUGUGUCUUGAUGUUGGGCGUUGGGGAACCCCUGCUAUAAAGGGAAAGAAGCCAUAUCGCAACAACGUAAUCCUUACACCCACGGAGAAGGAGACACUGAAGCUAGUAACCCAAAGGGAGACUAGCCUAGGAAUAUUUCACGCUGUCGGGAAGAUUGUAUACAACAAGCGAGACGAUACGGGUGUUGCAACCGAAGGUCCUAUACUACCAUCGCCUCCAGAGCAUAUGCGGCACCAUGACAGACCGAAAGUCUCACAGGUCCCUGUUAAUGAGCUCGUGGAAGAGACAGGGACUGAUACACAAACUUUCAUCAGUGCCCUGCAUGAAAAUUACGUGCCAUCUUGCGAUGGCCCAUCGUUUGUGGAUUGUGUUGAUGCAUGUAUAGUCGCUUUAUCAGACAGUGAUAUGUUAUGUGCCGAUCAUAAAGGGCUGUAUGGGAGUCGUACGAAUAGAAGCAGUGCUGGCGUCGAUGUAAUGCGGCAGGAAGAUAUAAGUUAUCAAGUUGCUGCUCGUGGUUUACUGUUUGCUCUCCCUCACCCUGUGAAAAGACGUAUAGCGACAUCAACUCGUGCAGAUCGAUCGAGCGAUGCCCAUAAAAUGCUCUUUCCAAGCACGUUGCGGCUGAUGCAGGAAGCAGAGGAGAUUGGGGGCCUUACGAAUGUUUGGGUGAAAAAGCUGCUGAAUUCAUUUCGCAGGACAUCGUCAGACCUGGAUCCUGGCUUAUCCGCGUCGUUGACAAGAUGCAAGCCAGAUUGUGUAGAAGAUUACGGCAAUGAUCAAGCGGGAAUCGUGACCAUGAUACCCCGAGAAGAUCUCGUGCUGUACCACCUACCAUAUCUCACAAAGAUCCAUCGCGGUGAGGUCGAGAUCGCCCAGCUUCGAAGGAUUACUGGAUUUCAUGGAGCCGGGUGCCCAAACAGUUGCCAGGGAAAUAACCCUAAUGGAAGCAGCCUAUGUUUGGCUUCUGCUAGUCACGAUAUUUCUCAAAGGCUACACUCAACAAAUCUCAAAAGCAGCACUUUUGGGUCCCAGCUGCCGGUUAACUUCGAGCAAGAGAAGAAGCUUAUCUUGAGCGAUGAUGAUAUUGUUGACGAUUUGUGA